AUGUGCGACGGGGAGAAGAUGGCGGCGGCCAUGGUACAAAUGGCGUGUUUGUAUCGUGGGAUGUUAGCGGUGAGAGUCGCGGGGUUCCGACCCCUCAUUCCCGGACUUGUGCCGAAUCAACUCCGGGCUUUUUCUAUGAAAAAGGAACCGGAAUUAGAGGAAAACCCUUAUUAUAGUAAAUAUGAAGAGAAGAUCAGAAAACUGCGGAGCACCAAACCUCAAGAAUACAAAGCCCGACUUGAGAAGUGCAGUGAGAUAAAGAAGGAACCUGUUGGACACUCAAAACAAUCUGACUUCAUUAAACUAAUGGAGCAGGAGAAAGAUAAGGGAGACAAAGUAGGACCUGGAGGUUUUACCAAAAACAAGACCUUAGAUUCAAUCCUCGACCUUGACUUGGUGAAGGACAAAUCUGGUCCGGAAAUUGGAGAGCUUUGGAUGAACUUCUACUCAACAAAAGACACAAUCAGUGCUGUCAUACCAGGUUCAACCUUUGAAAAGAUGAUCAACCGUGCCAAGUUGUGCCCAACGUUUGUGUACGCUCUGCCCCGGAAAGAAGGAUAUGAAUUCUUUCUGGGUCAGUGGGCUGGUCAGGAGCUACAUUUCACCUCCCUCAUUAAUGUUCAGACUUUGGGAGAAAAUGCUCCAAGCCAGCUGAUUCUGUACCACUACUCGGACCUGAAACAGGACAAGGACCUCGUGCUCAUGACUGCUGAAAUGGAUAGAAAGUUUAUGACUGUUCAUGAAGCUCAAUGCUUAGCAAAUCAGGUGCAGUUAUUUUAUGCAGCACAGAGACAUGAGACUUUUCAGCUAGUAGAGACAUUCAACCACAGACCAGCAGAGUUCAGACACAUGUCUGUGAUCGCAGAGCUUGAGCAAAGUGGGAUAGGACAAGCGGCCACUGCAAAGUAACACCCAGUCCUGUGGGAGAGAGGCUGGAGGAGCCAUGCAUCACGGAGAGGAAGGACACUUGGAGUCCUGGCAGAGAAACUGUCUAGUGUUGAUCCCUGCAUUGUACUGACUGUACCAGCCCUCAGUGCUACAAUCUCGUCUAAAUUCUGCAUCAAUACCUGGUCACAUUUGAUGUACACAAGCUAUUGUGUUGCCUUCACAAGCUCGGUUCCCAUUUGGAAAGCCUUUAUUACAUAGUGUGAUCUCUUUUUGGUCCCUUUCUGUAAAAAAUGUAUAUAAUGCACCAAAGGUUCAAGAUGUGAUUCGGUGCCUAUGACUUAAUCUUUGAUGGCUAGUUGUAUUUGAAGGAAUGAAGAAUUCUCCACCAUAGACGACUAAAAGCAACUUUUCCUCCACCAUGAUAAAAGGGUAAAGGAGAAUAACAAGUCUGAAGCUUGGUUAUCCAAAUUAUUGACUAUUAUGCCCUGAAAGGACGCUCGUUUACGCAACAUUGAGGAUGGGAACUUGUAUUUAUCAUAAUUGUGUGCGUGAGUGCAAUUGAUUCUAACUGGAGAACAUAAAUAGUAUUUCAUUUGGAAUCUGAUGAAAGACAAUUAAAGAUAUUGCUGGCUUUGAAUGUAGUCUGAUGCAUGUGGGAUGCAUUUAUGUAUAUGAACUUUUUGGAAUUAGAGCUGGAACAGUUACACCCAUAUGAACAUAGUCAUUUAAUGUUUGCAUAUUUUAAAGUGUAAAUGUGAAAAUCACUUGUCGCAACUUUGAUAUCUUACUGGUAAUAAUACAAAGUGUAAGAAUAAAGCAGUUUGAGCAACCUUUUAACACUC